AUAUCACUCCCUAACCCGUCGCUCUUUCUCUCAAAUCGAAGGUCUCUCCUCCUCAAAUCUUAGGUCAAAUCGUGCUCUACUAGGUGGUCGUCGUCGUCGUACCCUCUCUCUCCUCUCUCCUCUCUCCUCUCUCCUCUCUCUCUCUCUAUUCUCCUCCUCCUCUUAGAGCAAGGAGCGGGGGAGAGGGAUCCUUCGUUGACUCCACUCGUGCUCUAUUACUCCAUCCCAAACCCCAAUCCCGAACCCACGAUUCCUCCUCGAUUCCGCGAAUCAGGUUGAGUUUUUUAUUAUUAUGCUGGCGAAGGCAGGGAGAAAUCGUCGAUUCGCAGAUUUAGAGAGACAUUUAUUUGGGGAGAUCGUCUUCUAGGGCGUUUUUUCUGUUCGUAGGAAUGCAAGCUACUAUCGAAAGCUUCUUAUAGCGAAACACUAACUGAAGAGGCUCCUUUGAAUCUGCUGAUUUUUUUUUUUUUAUAGAGAAAUCAGAGAAAAAGGUGGAAUUUUUUGUGUUAAUUUACCAUUAUGGAGUCAGUAUGGAAGCUUAUGUACUUGCUCGAACCGGCCUCUCUGACCCUCAUUGCAACGGCAGUUUUUGUGACCUAUGCAUCGGCUUCUCGUGCCCUAGAUCACGGCAAAGAGAUGGAGCGGAAUCUGGAUUUUUCAGAAGCAUCCAUCACCUUAGACCGAUCACAAGCGCUUAUGAUCCCCAUCGCAAGCUCUUGUAGCCUUCUCUUGAUGUUCUAUCUAUUCUCCUCUGUAUCCCACUUUGUUACUGCUUUCACGGCCGUCGCCUCGGCCUCCGCCCUUUACUUCUGCUUCUCCCCUUAUGUUGCUUAUCUCAAAUCCCAAUUUAAUUUAAUGGACCCAUUUGUGUCGAGGUGCUGUUCCAAGUCGUUUACAAGAACGCAAGGGAUUUUACUGCUAUUUUGUAUAGGAACUGUGGUGGCUUGGCUAGUCUCUGGGCAUUGGGUUCUGAAUAAUUUACUUGGCAUCUCUAUAUGUAUAGCUUUUGUUAGCCAUGUGAGAUUGCCCAAUGUUAAGGUCUGCGCGCUGCUCCUUGUCUGUUUGUUCGUCUAUGAUAUUUUUUGGGUAUUUUUCUCGGAGAGGUUCUUCGGAGCAAAUGUCAUGGUCUCGGUUGCAACUCAGAAGGCGUCCAAUCCGGUUCACACAGUGGCGAACAGCUUGAGCCUCCCUGGCUUGCAGCUUAUAACGAAGAAGUUGGAGCUACCCGUUAAGCUUGUUUUCCCCAGAAAUUUGUUGGGUGGGAUAGUUCCUGGAAACAGUGCUGGAGAGUACAUGAUGCUGGGCCUUGGAGACAUGGCUAUUCCUGGAAUGCUUCUGGCUUUGGUGUUCUGCUUCGACCACCAAAAGAGUAGGGAUAUUGCUAUUUCAUCAGAGAAAUGUUCCACAAAAAGGCAAAAGUAUGUGUGGUAUGCUCUAUCAGGGUAUGCAGUUGGCCUGAUAACUGCAUUAGCUGCCGGUAUCUUGUAUCAGUCUCCUCAACCUGCUCUUCUUUAUCUGGUGCCUUCGACUCUGGGGCCUGUUAUGUUUCUUUCAUGGCUAAAAAAUGAAUUGAGGGAACUAUGGGAAGGAUCAAGUCCAAUUUCAAACGACAAAGCCCGUCAAAUGGAGGUUUGAACUCCGCUUGUGCAACUAAGGUGUAAUCUCAUAUUCUUCGGUAAUUUUAACUAAAGGAAACAGGUGUAUCAUUUGUGUUUAGCUCUACUUUUAACAUAUUUGCUUGAGAGCUUCUUAUAUGGAUAUGCAAUGUUGUACUAAUUUAUUCUUACCUGAGAGAUACUUUCUUGGUGGAUAUUUUCUAGACUUUAAAGAUUGUUCUCCCAACGGUUUAGUUAAAAAAAGGACUACAUUUGUAAAAGCUUUA